CGAAGCCCGCCCGUCCGUCAGAGGAGAGUUGGCGGGGCGAAGAAAGGAGGAGGGCGGGGAGAAGGCGAAGCGAGGGACGGGGACGACGUCUCGUCUGGGGCUUGUCAGCGGCCGGCGGGGACGAAGCUCCGUGCGGGCCCGGGCCUCGGCGGGACCGGCCGGGGCGGAGGGGGUCGGGCCGGGCCCGCCCCCGCAGACAAUAGGCCCCCGAAGGGCUCCCCCGAAGUGGCUUCCAUGGCGUCCCGCGGCCUGGGGGCCGGGCGGCCGGGACCGGCCGGGGAAGGCCGCUCUUGCUCGUCGCCAAGGGGCCCUCGGCUCCCGCGAUGAGGCCCCGCCGUCUGUCCCGCUGAGCAGGUGUGUCUGGCUCUGGCGGACCGGGCCCCUCGCGUCGUCGCCUCCGGGAUGAACGGUGCAGUGUCGUGACGCCGGGGGUGUUGCGUGCCCCGGAGAUGCGAGAGUCCUACGCGACGGCCGCGGCGGCAGGCACCCGCCCAGAGGAUGCUGGAGCUGGCAGCGGGGAGAGCCCACGACCGCAGCCGCCGAGAACGGCCCCGAGGGACGGGGCCCGCAGACAGACGGCGCUGAGGGGCACCCACGGCCCGCUCUGCUCCUCGGCCCCCGCCGGCCGCCCCCCUCCGCCGAGGGGCCCUCGGUGAGCCGUCCCGCCUGCCGCCCACAGCUCAGCGUCGAUCAAUGCAUCCCAGCACCCCCAAAGUGAGGAACUCCCCGUCAGGAAACGCCCAGAGCAGCCCCAAGUCCAAGCAGGAGGUGAUGGUCCGCCCCCCACCAGUGAUGUCCCCGUCUGGAAACCCCCAGCUGGAGUCCAAGUUCUCCAGCCAGGGGAAGCCAGGGGGAGGCCCCGCCGGCCAGGUGCAGCCCGACCCCAAGCCCGGGACCCACACGGCCAAGACCCUGCCCGGGGCGGGCGGGGGCAUGGGGCUGAAGAACGGGGCCGGCAACGGGGCCAAGGGAAAGGGCAAGAGGCCUCGGGGCGUCUCGGCCGACUCCUUCGACCAGAGAGAUGGCGGGACUCCCGGCGAUGAUGCCGAAAUCAAAGAUUGCAACUCCGCCGAGCACGGCAAGACGCAGGAACCCCCGCACCCGCCGCACCCCAUGGCUCCUUCCAACGCGGCGACCCCCAGGUCUUCCACCCCCGCCCACAGCCAGCCCGCCGGGGUCGAGCCGGCUGCUGCCCAGAAGACGCCGGCAAAAGUGGUUUACGUGUUCUCUACUGACAUGGCCAACAAGGCCGCAGAAGCCGUGCUGAAGGGCCAGUCGGAAACGAUCGUGUCCUUCCACAUCCAGAGCGUUUCGAACGGCAAGGUGGAGAGGAGCGGCGCCCCUCAGAACGCACCGGUGGCCGCCCUCCGGAACGAGCCGAAGCCUCUCCCGCAGCAGCAGCCGCCGCCGCCGCCGCCUCCUCCUCCCCCACCGGCCCCCGCCUCCCAGGACCAGACCUCCUCCCAGAAUUCCAAGCCGCAGCCCCCCGCUCCCAUCCCGGCCCCCGCCGGCAAGCCCGGCGGCCCCCCGCGCCCCCUGGACCGGGACAGCCCCGGGGCAGAGGGCAAACUGCUCCCCGCGGCGGGCAGCCCCCCCGCCUCCCCGCCGCUGGCGCCCGAGGGCCCCGGGCCGGGCUCCACCCCCAACCACCGGGCCGGGAGCCCCGCCCCCCAGGGGGGCGGCGGGCCGGCCGCCGAGCCCAAGGGCCCGCCGCCGGCCCCGGGCCCGGCCGGGGACCCCCCGGCCCCGGGGGAGAACCCGGACGGGCUGUCGCAGGAGCAGCUGGAGCACCGGGAGCGCUCCCUGCAGACGCUGCGAGACAUCCAGCGCAUGCUGUUCCCGGACGAGAAGGAGUUCGCCGGGGGGCCCCCGCCGGCCCCCGGGGGCCUCGACGGCCCCGCCAAGAAAGCCGACGGCCCCCUCCAGGCCAUGCUGGCCCAGUCUCAGAACCUGGGGAAGGCGCCCGGGCCCCGGGGGGAGGGGCCGGUUCCCUUCGGCCCCCAAGGCCACCGAGAGCUGGCCUUCUCCCCCGAGGAGAUGGCCCCGCCCCCCGUGAGCUCCCAGGCCGGGCCCCUGGGCCCCGACCAGCUGGACCACAUGACCCCCGAGCAGGUGGCCUGGCUGAAGCUGCAGCAGGAGUUCUACGAGGAGAAGCGGAGGAAACAGGAGCAGGCGGUGGUGCAGCAGUGCUCGCUGCAAGAGAUGAUGGCUCACCAGCACGGGCCCCGGGGGGUGGGCCGCGGCCCCCCGCCGCCCUACCAGAUGGCCCCCGGCGAAGGGUGGGGGCCCGGGGGGCCGGAGCCCUUCCCCGACCCCAUGGGCGCGGCCCACCCCCUGCCGCCCCGGGGCCUGGCCCCCCACGCCAACGUGGCCGGGGGCCCGCUGCGCCUCCAGGCCUUCGCCGGCGUGAUGAACCCGGACCCGGAAGGCCCCGGCGUCCCCAACCCCGCCGUCCGGCCCGGCCCGGCGGGAGGCCCCUGGGCCGACGAGGUCCCCAAGAUGGGCGACGGCCGGCCCUUCCCCCCCGGCCCCGGGGCGCUGAGCGGCCCCGGCCGGGGGGAGCGUUUCCCCGUCGCCCAGGGCCUGCCCCCGCCCGAGGAGCUCUUCCCCCAGCAGCUGGCCGACAAACAGCUGGGCCUGCCCCCCGGGCUGGGCCUGGAGGUCAACCGGCUGCUGCCCCCCGGCGCCCAGCGCCACCUGGAGCCCGGGGGCGGCGGCGCCCCUCUCUUCGCCCGGGGCGGGCCGCUCGACGGGCCCCCGAGCCCGCCCCGGAGCGACUUCCCCAAGGGGCUCCCGCCGCCGCCCCCGGGCCCCGGGCGGGAGCUCGACUUCGGCGUGGGCCCCGGGCCCGUGAAGGGGGAGACCGGCCCCCCGCUCGUACCUCAGAAGAUGCGGGAGGCCGGCGUGGGGCCCGACGAGAUGCUCAAGCUGCGGCCGGGCCUGGCCGAGCUGCUGCCGGCGCAGCCCAAGCUGGUGUCCCUGCCGUUCGCCGAGGGCCCCCAGCAUCCGGACUACGGCCUGGCGGGCCGCCCCUUCCUCCCCGGCGCCGGCCCGGGGCCGCGCGGCCCCCGGGACCAGGUCGGCCCCGACCAAAGGACUAACAGCCGGCUCAGCCACCUGCCGGCACUACCUCUCGGCGGCCCCGGCGGCCCGGGCGGCCCGGGCCCGGCGGGGCCGCCCCGGCAGCGGGGCGGGGGCGGCGGCGGCCCCGGCGGGGCCCUGGGGCGCAAACCCCUGGAUGUCGCGGUGGCACCCGGCCAGGUGCACUCGCCGGGCCUCAACCCCCUCAAGUCGCCCACCAUGCGCCAGGUGCAGUCGCCCAUGCUGGGGUCCCCCUCCGGGAGCCUCAAGUCGCCCCAGACGCCGUCGCAGCUGGCGGGCAUGCUGGCGGGCCCCGCCGCCGCCGCCGCCGCCGCCUCCAUCAAGUCCCCGCCCGUGCUGGGGUCCGCCGCUGCUUCGCCCGUGCACCUCAAGUCCCCGUCGCUCCCGGCCCCCUCGCCCGGCUGGGCCUCCUCCCCCAAGCCGCCGCUGCCGAGUCCCGGGAUCCCCCCGAACCACAAAGCUCCCCCCCUCGCCAUGGCGUCCCCGGCCCUGCUGGCCAACGUGGAGCCAGGUGGCCCCCCGCCUCCCCCCGCCGGCCAGCCCUCGACCGGGACCCUCCCCGGGAGCCUGCCGUCCAGCGCCCCGUACGCCGUGCCCCCGGAGCCCACCCUCUCCCAGAACCCCCUGUCCAUCAUGAUGUCCCGGAUGUCCAAGUUCGCCAUGCCCAGCUCCACCCCGCUCUACCACGACGCCAUCAAGACCGUGGCCAGCUCGGACGACGACUCCCCUCCGGCCCGCUCUCCCAACCUGCCGCCGAUGAGCAACCUGUCCGGAAUGGGCCUGAACCCCCAGAACCCCCGCCUCCCGGCGCCCAAUCCGGUGGUCCCUCUGCCCACCAUGAGCCCCAUGGGCCUGACCCAGCCGCUGUCCCAUUCCACCCAGGUGCCCUCCCCGGGGGCCAUGGGCCCCGGCCUCCCCCCGCACGGCGUGCCGGUGGGGCCCGGCCUCAUGGCCCACGCUCCCAUGAUGGGGCCCGGGGCCCCCGAGUCGGCCCUCGGCCCCCCCGGGCGGCUGGGCUUCCCGCAGGGCUUCCCUCCGGUCCAGUCCCCGCCCCAGCCGGUGGUGCCGUUUCCCCACAACGGCCCCGCGGGGGGGGGCCAGGGCGGCUUCGCCGGCGCCAUGGGCUUCCCCGGGGAGGGGCCGCUCGGCCGCCCCGGCCCCCUGCCCCAGAGCUCCGCAGACCCAGCACUUUGCAAGCCCGGCGGGCCGGCGGGGGGGCCGGAGGCCUUCGCCGUCCUGGGCAACAGCCUGCCUUCGGUCUUCGCCGAUCCGGACCUGCAGGAGGUGAUCCGCCCCGGGGCCGCCGGCAUCCCCGAGUUCGACCUCUCCCGGAUCAUCCCGUCGGAGAAGCCCAGCCAGACGCUGCAGUACUUCCCCCGCGGGGAAGGCCCCGGCCGCAAGGCGCCCCAGGGCCCCGGCCCCGGCUUCCCCCACGUGCAGGGGGUCUUGGGCGAGCAGGCGGGGCCCAGGAUGGGCCUGGCGCUGCCGGCCAUGGGGGGUCCGGGCCCCGUGGGCACGCCGGACCUCCCCCUGGGGACCGCGCCCUCCGUGCCGGGCCACAGUCCCAUGAGGCCUCCGGCCUUCCUGCAGCAGGGCAUGAUGGGACCUCACCACCGCAUGUUGGCGCCGGCCCCGUCGGCCAUGCCCGGCCAGCCCGCCCUGAUGAACAACCCGGCGGCCGCGGUGGGCAUGAUCCCGGGCAAGGACCGGCCGCCCCCCGGGCUGUACAGCCACCCGGGCCCGGUGGGCUCCCCGGGCAUGGUGAUGUCCGUGCCGCCCGGCAUGAUGGGCCCCCAGCAGAACCUCAUGGUGCCGCCCCAGAUGCGGCCCCGCGGGCUGGCCGCCGACGUCGGGCUGGGGGGUUUCGGCCAGGGCGCGGGCCACCCGGGGAACAUGAUGUUCUGAGCGGGCGGGGCCGGGCGCCG